AUGAAGACCUUCUUUCCCCUUCUGACUUUAGCUGUUUUGGUGGUGGCAUGUAACUCUGCCAUCUUGCCAAAUGGUUCCAGAUUAAAUGUUGGCGGUGUUCGUCCUGGAGACGCGUUGUUACAGAGAGCCCCAUCUACGGCUUUUUAUUAUUUUGCGUGGCGUUUGGCUGAAGAAGCAAGAAGGGAAAGACGUGAAUUAAGCGGUAUUUCUCAACGAGUAUUUUUCGAAAGAACUCCGAAGAUCCCAUGGAUAUAUCGGAAUCUGAAUUUAAAAAAAGGUUCUUUGUGUCUUGUCGUCUAUGCAACAGGCUCUUACCAACGCUUAGUCGGUAUGGGUAAGCACUUGGGGCAAACAAGUGUAAGCAAAUGUGUGACCCAAGUUACGGAGGCACUUAACGACCCAAGCAUAACGGAUACAUUUAUCAAGUUUCCCACUUCAAGGACUGAAAGGGACGCGAUAAAACAAAAG